AUGGGGCUAGAGUUGAAGAUAAUUGCGCUGUCUGGCGCAGUGGUCGAUGAGGUGGACCCCGAAACGCUCGAGAGGGCUGGCCUGAGCGUGCUGGCGCUCCGCGUGGCGAGGAAGCUCCGAGUCUCCCCGGGACGAUUGAGGUUCUUUCACGAGGAGACGGUCCUGAAACUGUGCAACUCUUGGGAUGAUUUGGGGCGACCGGAGGAGCUGCAGGUGGUGGUUCUGCCCGCCUGCAACGACUUCCAGGAGGAGCUGUUCGCAGCGGUGGACGCCGAAGAUCUGCAGCAGGUGUCGAUCCUUCUGGACCGCCUCCAGGACCCGGAUGUCCGUGACGAGGCGCACCUCACUCCCUUCAUGCGCGCGAGCAUCGCCGGGUCGCUGGAGCUCCUCGUGGCGCUCCACGGCGCCGGCUGCGACGUCGAGGCGUCGGCCCCCGACAGCGGCAGCCGCGCGUUGCACCUGGCAGUGUCCAGAGCGCGCUUGGAGACGGUGAAGGGCUUGGUGGCCUUGGAGGUCGACUUGGAUGCGCAAGAUCAUUUGGGCAGGACGGCGCUCUUCGAAGCAGUCUAUUUGGGCUGCCACGCCGUGGCCCGCGCGCUGCUGGAGAACGCCGCGGACGUCGACCGCGCCGACGCCUCAGGGGUGACGCCCUUGCGCUUGGCUGCGACGAGGGGAUGUUUGGAAGCAGUACAGAUGCUUGUGGGCUUUGGUGCGGACUUGGAAAAGCUUGGCUUAGAUGGCUGCGGGCCACUGCACGUUGCAAGUGGGCACAACCAGCGGGAGGUGGUGGAGCUGCUGUUGGCUCUUCGGGCCAAUAAGGAAGCAACAGACUUGGAAGGUGCCACACCUUUGCACUUGGCGGCACGGCAUGGACAGAGCCGAGUCUUGAGCACGUUGCUCGCGGCCAAGGCUCAGCAGCUGGCGGAUUUCCAUGGCGUGACCCCACUGGCAGCUGCAGCGGCAGCUCAGCCGUGGCGACUCAGCCAUGCCACGAACAGCGGGCCGGACCUUUGCGUCCUCCGCACUGGUGACAGCCUGGGCGCUGUGCGACUCCUCCUCGCCGCGGCGAGGGGCGAGGUGGCGACCGAGGCGCUGGGCGCAGCGGUGCAAGGGGGGAAGCCCGAGAUUGUCGCUUUGCUCCUGGAAGAGCUCCCGGAAGCGCUCCCACGCUGCGCCGGCGGUGCCGGGCUCUUGCUCCUGGCGGCCCAGUUCGGCCACCACGAAGUGGUUCAUCUUCUGCUGGCCGCCGGUCUCCAAGGCGCCCAAGAAGCGUUCACUGCAGCAGUUCAAAAAGGUUUCCACCAGACAGUGGAAGUGCUGCUGGCGGCGCGUGCUCAGGUCGACCUGGUGGAUCACAACGGCCUCACACCACUGCUGCUGCUCCUGGACGCGGCGGCGCGACGCCCUACGUGGAUGGACUGGCCUGAGACGCUGUGGGCGUUACUGGCCGCGCGUGCGGAGGUGAACCGAGCGGAUGGGGCCGGGAGGACGCCACUGGCGAUGCUGGCGAAGAUGAAGAUGGAGCAUUUGAAGGAGGCUCCUCAUAGUGCUGCAGGUUGUAAGAUGUGCUUCGUGCACUUGGAAAUGAUCUUGGCACUUGUUCGUGCUGGAGCUUCUGACCAAAGAUGCCUUGAAGGGCUGUCCGAAGCUGCCAUGAAAAGAAGGAGCGAGCUUGCUGUGGGUCUUCCACCUCGAUCGGUCGUCUUGGUGGACAAGUCGGCCUUUUGUGGCGGAAACUCCACGAAGGCCACGAGUGGCAUCAAUGGGGCGGAGACUCAAACACAGAAGGCCAAGAAGGUGGAGGACUCUGUGCAGCUCUUCACUUCGGAUACCCUCAAGGGUGGAGCCAAGAAGCCCGAGCUGGUGAAGGUGCUGUGCGGCAACAGUGGGCCUGACGUGGACUGGCUGGUGGACAAGUUUGAUCUUGAUAUGUCCCUCCUGGCGCGCUUGGGUGGCCACUCGGCGCCUCGCACCCACCGCGGCAAGGAGCGAUUCCCAGGAAUGACCAUCACCUACGCCUUGAUCCAGAUGGUCGAGAAGAUCUCUGAGCGCAGCGAUUUGGCCCGCAUCAUCAACAAGGCCAAAGUGAAGACGCUCUUGAUCAAGGGCGAUGCCGUGUGCGGCGUUUCCUAUGAGAAGAAAGGCAAAGACUUCACUGAAGAAGGCCCUGUGAUCCUGGCCACUGGGGGCUUCGGCGCGGACUUCACAGAGGACUCUUUGCUGGCCAAGUACCGACCGGACCUCCUCCAUUUGCCCACCACCAAUGGUGACCACACCACCGGUGAUGGCAUCAAGAUGGGCGAGGCCAUCGGCGCCAAGAGCAUUGACUUGGAAUGGGUGCAGGUUCAUCCCACCGGCUUGGUCGAGCCCGAUGAUCCCGAGGCCAAGAUCAAGUUCUUGGCCGCGGAGGCCCUGCGCGGGGUGGGCGGUCUGGUGAUCAAUGCCGAUGGCCAGCGCUUCUGCAACGAGCUGGGCCGACGCGACUAUGUGACGGGCGAGAUGUGGAAGUCGAAGCCGCCCUACCGCCUGAUCCUCAACAAGGCAGCCUCUGACGAGAUCAUUUGGCACUGCAAGCACUACACCGGCCGUGGCGUGAUGAAGUUCUACCAGUCGGGUGAGGAGCUGUGCAAAGACAUGAACAUCUCAGUGAGCACCUUGGAGAAGACUCACCAGGUGCACUUCGAGGCGGCCAAGAAGCAGGAGAAGGACCCUGAGGGCGGCCCUUACCCGGCCUACCCUUCGGGGAAGACCUGGGAUGAGCCCAGUGGCAAGACCGGCGUGGGCAAGAAGUUCUUCCACAACAUCCUCGAGGGAUCCAAGGUGAAGUCUGAGCCUUUUUACUCCGCAAUCAUCACCCCUGUGAUCCACUACUGCAUGGGAGGACUGGAGAUCGAUGAGAACUCUGCCGUGGUGGGCAAAUCCGGCAAGGCCAUUCCAGGUCUCUACGCAGCGGGCGAGGUGGCUGGUGGGGUGCAUGGCAACAACCGCUUGGGCGGAAACUCCUUGCUGGACUGCGUGGUCUUUGGCCGUGUGGCCGGACGGCACUGCGCCAAGUACAUGCUGGGAGACAAGUUCAAGAGCAUGGAUCUCAAGGAACUCUCUGGUGGCGGUUUGGCGGCUGACAAGGCACCUGUCGCCAAGUUGUAA